CCCUAACCAGGCCGGAUCAGCAUCAGCUCCUACCCGAGAACAGAAUGUUGCAGAGGCGACCAACAAUGUUGUGAGUUUGCCUGUGACAAUCAAAGACGUGGAAGACUUCCGACAGAUGCCUGGCUAUGGCAAUGUCCAAACAUUUACAUAUGAAGAAUUGAGGCUGGCUACCAAGAACUUUCGUCCAGAUUUAGUACUUGGUGAGGGCGGGUUUGGCCUUGUCUACAAAGGUACUAUAGAUGAUAAUGUCAGGCCAGGUUUUGAGUACACUCAGGUUGCUGUUAAAAGGCUUAAUCCAGAUGGACACCAGGGAGACAAGGAAUGGCUGGCAGAAGUCAACUAUCUUGGGCACUUCAGUCAUGCAAACCUUGUCAAGCUUAUUGGCUACUGCUGUGAGGAUGAACAUAGGCUUCUGGUUUAUGAGUAUAUGACCUGUGGGAGCCUAGAAUGUAAACUCUUCAAAAAGGGGUGCACUACCAUGCCAUGGUUGACUCGGAUGAAGAUAGCUCUGGAUGCUGCAAAUGGGCUUGCCUUUCUUCAUGGAGCUGAAAGACCCAUCAUCUAUCGUGAUUUCAAGACAUCAAACAUCUUGCUUGAUUCGGAGUAUAAUGGAAAGCUUUCCGACUUCGGCCUUGCGAAGGAGGGACCUAUGGGAGAGCAAACACAUGUUUCCACCAGGGUGAUGGGAACCUUUGGUUAUGCAGCUCCAGAGUACAUAAUGACUGGCCAUCUAACCGCGAGAAGCGACGUGUAUGGGUUUGGAGUCGUGCUCUUGGAGCUGCUCGUCGGACGCAAAGCGUUGGACCGGAGCAGGCCGAGCCGAGAGCACAACCUGGUCGAGUGGGCUCGCCCUCUGCUCGUCCGUCGCAAGAGGCUGUUCAGCGUCAUCGACCCCAGAAUCGGAGGCCAGUAUUCCAAUGCCAACGCGGAAAGGGUGGCGAGAUUGGCCUACGACUGCCUGAACCAGAACCCCAAGGCGAGGCCGGCAAUGAGCGAGGUGGUGGCCGUCCUCACAGCGGUGCUCCGCGACGAAGCAAGCCUUCCGCUGUCGGGAUCGGAGGCAGCAGUGACGCUGUACGAGGCUCCCAAGGAAGACGCGCACAGCCCUGCGGUGGCGAUGAAGAGAGAAGCCGCGGAGCGCUCGUGAAAGCGAGAGACUUCCUAUGGGUUGCAGGAGCAACAAAAACAAACGUAAUAGAGUUUGUUCUUUAUCAUUAGUUAAGUUCCGACAAAUACUUCUCUUAUGAGUUCCCCGUAUUCA